CGCACCGUGACCUCCGCCGCUCCGUCCGCCGUGGCAGGAUCUCCAUCAGCAUACUGAACUACCGUGAAAUCAGCACGGAAAUCGCCUGUCAGAAACGACACGAACAGCGUCUUAUCAGCAUAUUGACCCCACUCAUCAUCAGCUAUGGACGCGGCGCCCUCCCCCUCCAGUCAGUGCAGAUACAGUUAUGAUGAGUACAAGGAGACAGCAGAUUGGCUGCUGGCCCACACAAAGCAGCGUCCUAAAGUGGCCAUCAUCUGUGGGUCAGGCCUGGGCGGUCUGGCCAAUCUGCUGGACGACAAGACUGUCUUCCCAUAUACGGACAUCCCACGUUUCCCCAUCAGCACUGUUCCAGGUCAUGCCGGUCAGUUGGUGUUUGGGAGGCUGAAGGGCCGUGAGUGUGUCUGUAUGCAGGGGCGAUUCCACUUCUAUGAGGGCUACGACAUACACACGGUGACAUACCCAGUGCGAGUCUUCUUCCUGCUGGGUGUGGAAACUCUGAUUGUGACAAACGCUGCAGGGGGACUGAACGGCAGCUACAAUGUGGGAGACAUCAUGCUCAUUAAGGAUCACAUCAAUAUGCCAGGCUUUGCAGGGCAGAACCCACUCUGUGGGCACAAUGAUAACAGGUUUGGAGUGCGUUUUCCGUGCAUGUCGGAUGCGUAUGACCGUGGGUUGAGGGCUCUGGCCAAGCAAACAGCAGAGGAGCAGGGCUGCGACAGCUUCCUGCAGGAAGGGGUUUACUGCAUGCUGGCUGGACCGACAUAUGAGACCAUUGCAGAGUGCAGAGUCCUGCAGAUGCUGGGGGCUGACGCUGUGGGUAUGAGCACAGUCCCAGAGGUGGUGGUGGCUCGUCACUGUGGCUUGCGUGUUUUGGGUCUGUCUCUCAUCACCAACAAGGUUGUGACAGAUUAUGACAGCAAUUCAAAAGCAAACCACGAAGAGGUGCUGAGGACCACCGAGCACCGAACCCAGGACCUCCAGAAGCUUGUCAGCCAACUCAUUUCCAAGAUCUAGCUCAUCUGAAAUCUGCUGGGACACACCUACCCACCCACACACACACACACACACACACACACACACAAAAACAACCUAGUGCCUAACAACUUGGUAAUUGGGGGGCGUGGUAAUCAUAGCUUUGAACAAAUGGUAAAAAGUAUGUGUAGUUGGUGAGGUGUUAAAGUUGGGAUGGAUAGGUUAUUAUUUUUUACUGGGUCAUGUGUUUAACCAGGGGAAUGUGAGUGAGAUGUUUUUAAGAUAGAGAGAACAAAUGUCAUAAGCCACUUAGAGACCAGGCCCUUUCUAACACCUAAAGAGUAACUUAACACCAUGCUGAGAAGCCUCCACAACCCUCUCUGGAUGGAAGUUUCAAGUAUAUUUCACUAACAGACCACACCAAGCAUCAGUUUUGCCUGUGGUGGGUAUGGUCCAAAGUGUGCUCUGCUGCACCGGUAACCACAUCCAACAGUGAUGCCAUGGUGUGCUGCCCUGACACACCCUGGUCAGUAAACUUCUGAAUUAGUGGCAAGGUGAGAUUUUAAACCACUGCAGGCCAGCAAAACCAAGAGUUUUCUCCUUUUUUCAGGGGCUGUUAAGAUGCUCUUUAAUAAUAGAUGGCAAAUGUGAAUCAUGAGAUGUGGAAACCAGGGUAAGGAAAUGCAGUGAAAGCAGAAUUUGAUUCAGAAUGACAAUUAAUGGGUGUCUCUAAAAUCCUUGGCAGACAUUUGGACUUUUGUUGCAUAUAUUAUUGAUUCCAAAUUUAGUCCUGUAGUGGCUAAGAUCAUGUCUUAUAAUUACAGAAUAUCAUUCUGUUAUAUAAAAUGACCAUGUUCUCAUAUAUCCAGAUCAUUGAUUGAUUUAACAGGAAUACAGUGACGGCUACUGUACAACCCCACCAGUGUGUAUUUCUAUCCUGCAUCAGAGCUGAAGGGUUGUUGGGGUUUUCUCUGUACUGCCUGUUGGCAGCAUACAAUAAGACUUUCUGAAUGCUACGCCAGUAUAUUUUAGUGCAUCUAAACAGUGUAAUGAAUAUGGGACAAGUUAAUGGUCAGCUUAUGCCACUGACUGCUAAUGACUACUAAUGGGUACAUGCAUGAUCAGCCUUUAGACAUCUCAGUAUGUCUAAAGGCUGAUCACUACCUAGUGAUCAUAAUUUUUAUGAUCACUAGGUAGCAACCUGUUCUCAUUAUUUAUUUUACAGCUUUUAAUAACUGUCAUGAAGGUUUUAUAUGCUGUCACUGACAACUUGUCAAUCCUUCAUUACUCAUGUACUUCUUAGUAAGAACAAAUGCGUAUGUAUACAGCUACCACAUAUGCAUGUAUGAUCUACCAGUUACAUGUAUUCUGAAGACACUGUGCACUUAUGGGCUGGUCUUGACAAAAAACCCCAGCUUAUUACUAUUGCAGGGUUUACUCAUGUUUCAGAGAUAAUCAUAAUAACAACCAUAAUAACAGCUGCUAAUUAGAGAGUAUUGAUUAGUUCUUGUGAUCAAACAGAGUCAUUGGGACCAAUUUGCACCUUCUGUCCUUUAUUUUGUGAUUGAUGCACAACAAAUACUUAGCUAUUAACCAAUAGAGUUUUAUGUAUAUUAUCCUAUGAUCAAAGCAGAAUUUAUUUUUAAACUAAUUUAAUGUAUUAAUUGAUUUGUUUUUUAAAAAGAGACAAAAUUCCAAUGGCAUGUCAGUCUAACUCCUCACUGAUUCUUUGACAAAUCUCUGAGAAAGAAUGAAAGUUUUAGCUAAUUCAGUGUUUUAAACACCUGUCCAAUUACAGAGAACUUUUAAUUUUAUAGCAAUCUUAUAGAUUUAUAUAUAGAAAUUGAAUGAGUCAAAGUAAAAUAUGAUAUAAUCUGACAGGUUUUUCUGCGGUGGAUUGCGUCCAUUUUAUUUGCACAACAACAGACCAUAACACUGUAAUAUCAAGAAGGGCUAUAAGAUCUGUGCCUGCAGUUUUCAAUCUUCUCUGGAUUGAGCUAGAACCCCCUGCCAGGUUCUCUUGACCAUCUUAUUCAUUAGCGCUGGAAAGGCCAGAGAAAUCCUUAGAUCAGCAGUCCUGCUCUCUGGCCAUUUGUAUCAGGCUUAACAUUAAGAUGCUAAUGGGAGUCUUAAAGGGGAAUUCCAUGCUGAAUGAAGCCUGCCAUCAUCGAAAUGUAAAAUCUGGAGCUGCCACAUGCACAAUAAAAAGGAAAUAUUGUUAUUUACACACAAUGAAUUGAUUCUAAGAGGCUUAUCUCAUUAUUGAAUGCAUUUACUGCUACCAUCUAUCAUAUUUUCCUGCAUGGGCAUACCACCAAAUUUUGCAUUUUGUUUCCUUGGUAGUCUUCUGUUGUCUGGUUGGGGACGUCUUCCUCACAUCCUCUGAUCAUAUUUACAGUUUAAUCAUAUUUACUGUAUCCAGGUCUCAGGUUAGAAACGAAUUCUCUUGCAAAAUAAAUUGGCUAUAUCUCUGACUAUUGAUUCACAGUAAUUCAUUUUCACGUAAAAUGUUGCUGCUGUCAAAUAAAAAAAAAAAACCUUG